CUUGGAAGUAGAGACCGGAAGGUGGGCCCUGGGGUAACCUCCUGACGUGGAUGUGACACGUGGCGGAUCAUGGUUGGUCCGUGAUUUCACUGGACCUCAACAUGAAGCUGCCUUUGCCUUCCACUCGAAGGCUCCGGAACGGGGUAUUUCCGGGAAAGUUUCUCCCUCAAAUAAAGCUGCAAACAGCAAGCGAAGGGGGAAAGAAACAGUAGCGAUCCUGCUGCCGCUGCCCUCCUCAUCGUCCUCUGCUCGCUGCUCCUCGCUUUCCCCACCACCACCAAUCCGCAAAACCCUACUCUCCUCGGGGGCUCUCCUCCUCCUCCUCCUCUGCGCCGCCAUUUCGCCAUGAGUCGUCAACCUGAGGUGCUGUGGGCUCAACGCUCUGAGAAGAUUUACUUGACUAUUUCACUGCCAGAUGCUAAAGAUGUAGUGCUGAAGACUGAACCUCAGGGCCUCUUUAGCUUCUUAGCUGUUGCUAAUGGGGAACCAUUUAGCUUCACUUUGGAGCUGUUUGAUUCUGUACUGCCAGAGGGAAGUAAAACUAAGACAAAGAUGGGUUUGCGAAACAUAAUCUGUUCGAUCCAGAAAGAAAAGAAAGGUUGGUGGAAGCGUUUGCUGAAGUCAGAAGAAAAGCAUCCAUAUAUCAAAGUUGACUGGAACAAAUGGUGCGAUGAGGAUGAAGAGUCUGAUGCACCAGUGGAUUCAGAUGAUGCCUUUGAUGAGGGAAAUGACAGAGACGAAACUGAUGAUGAUGAUGAUGGAAUGCUUUAUCUCCCUGACCUUGAAAAGCUAAGAGGCAAGUGAUUAGCCAGCUUCGAUGAAUGCAGUAGACUUUCUGUAGCAAGUGACUGUUGACGCCACAAAGUAGACUUGUCAUUGCUUAGUCGGUAGUUUCGCAAACAUCUGCAGCUAGCACCAGAGUACCAGACUAUUGGCAUGGUUCUGAUAUGCUUGCGAUGUCGUUUUUAUCAGACUGAUUACUCUUUGGUGACCACUGAUCCAGCGUUUAGGGUAUGUAUUGUUUUGUUACCACUAAUGAAUGACCUAAGGCUAGUAUGACUGACUUUGCAGCAGCUAGGAUGUUAUUAUGCUUUUAUGGAUUCUGAGCACCUUCUCUCAGAUUUGAGAUCCA